CACUGACUGCUUUAAUUUAUGUUUGUUUCUAGUACUUUAAAGUAUGCUCUUUCUAAUGGCCUACAAGUAACGUUUGUUGUCCACUUAGCUGGCUCAAAAAGUCAAGAUUUUUUGCAAGUACCAAAAAAUUCGGCUUUUUUUACAACCUGUGUCAAAUAGAGUAGACAUGCGCUGUGCCAAAUUAUCAAAAGCGAUUUCAUCGAGUACGUGCGACUACAGGCUACAAAAUGAAAAAAAAAUUAUCGAAAAAAGAUGAGUUUUGGCUGAGUUAUGAGAAUUUUCGUGGAAGAGAUAAAAAGAUAAUUGCAAAAUGGUGUUUUUCUGAGAAAACAGAAAAAUCUCUUCUCGCCGAUGCAGGCUUUGGAAAAUUUUUGGAAGUGACUAUCUGAUAGAACUUUUUUCGGUCUUUCGAAUGGCCGUCUUGGAUUUUAGACUCUGAGGAAGAUUUUUGGGAAAAAUCAUUUUUUGCCUUAGAAAGUUGGAACUUUUACGCAUCCUCGCUUCUUCUUUUAUAACUCUAAGAAUUUCUACUCCGAGAAAAUUGGUGACACAUGUUUUUGUAGGGAAUUAAAUGGCACAUCGUUUAAAAAAAAGUUUGAGGAAAUUGCACAAAAAAUGAUGGAGUUAUCGCAAAAACAGAAAAGGGCCAUUUUACCUGGGACACCCGAUAACAGCAGAAAGCACUCAUUAUUUAAUAAUAAUCUUUUUUCUCUUAUUCGGUAUGUGUACAGUCAAUAUAGUCAGUACGAUAUUGUUCCAUUUAGUAUUUACAAUGUUGAUAAUAAUAUAAAUAAUAUUCAAACAACAAUUCGUUGGUGUUGUGUGAAUGAGGGUGAAUAUAACAAGUGUCAAAUGUGGCGUGACGCAGUUAUGCUACAAAAUUUUACAUUAUCAAAAAUAGCAUGUAUUCACGGUCGUGAUAAAUAUGAUUGUUAUCGAAAAAUAUUUAAUGAUGAAGCCGAUUUAAUGAAUGCUGAUUCAGGAGAAAUAUAUACAGCUGGAAGAUAUUAUAAUUUAGUACCGAUUAUGAAUGAAUUAUUAAAUACACAAUUAUUUGGAGGACCAUCACCAUCUGCUUAUUACGCUGUCGCUGUUGUUCGUCGUAAUUCUCCAAUUUCUUUAAGUAAUUUACAAGGUGCACGUUCCUGUCAUUCAUCUGUCGGCUCAUCAGCUGGUUGGAAUAUACCCAUCUCACAUUUACUUCGUGAUAAACGUUUGAAUAUAAUUGAUUGUAAUAAUCAUGUUAAAUCAGCCGCUUUACUUUUUGGUGAAAUGUGUGCUCCUGAUGCACUUAAUCGUCAGUUUAAUCCAACAGGUGAUAAUCCAGCAUCUGUUUGUGAAUUAUGUCAAGGAUUACCAGGUGUUAAUUAUUGUACAAAUCAAGAUCCUUAUGCGGGAAAUAUUGGUGCACUCUAUUGUCUAGCAAAUAAAGGAGAUAUUGCAUUUAUUAGACAUACAUCACUUUUAGAAUUACAACAAUUAGAUCCAACAUUUCCAUUAGAUCAAUUUGAGCUGUUAUGUCCAGUGAAUAAUCAACGUGCAUCAUGGCAAAAUUAUCAACAAUGUAAUUGGGGAAUAUCGCCGGCAAAUUCUAUUAUCGUAUCACAUCGACGACCAAAACAAUUACGAGAUAUUUAUAAACAAGUUCUUAUUGAUUCAGCAAAUGUAUUUACAUUUCAAAAUCCUAUAUUUCAAUUAUUUAAUUCAAGAAGAUUCAAUGGUUAUGAUCUACUAUUUUCAGAUAUUGCUGUCGGAUUUAAUGCUCUGAAUGAUAAAACAACAUAUGCAACAUAUUUAGAAAUGUUAGCUCUAAGUUUUGAUGAAAUCGGCAAUGAUUAUUUGGCAAUGUUAUUGCGUUUGUAUGAUUGUCCAUUACGGGUUUUACGUUGGUGCGUGUUAUCUCCAUACGAGAAGGAAAAAUGUCGUUUAAUGAAAAAUGCUUUUACACGCAAAAAUAUCAAACCGGAUUUGGAUUGUAUAUCAUCGAAAAAUGCUAUGGAAUGUAUGUCGAAAAUAAAACAAGGCACUGCUGAUAUCAUUACACUCGAUUCAGCUGAUGCUUUUCGAGCAACAAGAUACUAUGAUUUACUUCCACUUGCUGCCGAAGAUUAUGGAGUGGAUUUAGAGACAAAUGUUAUGUAUGCUGUGGCGGUAGCGAAACGAACUGAUUUAACAACAAAUUUAUGGAAUUUAAGAGGUAAAACAAUUUGUUCAACAGGUGUUGGAGAUUUGGCUGGUUGGCACGUACCUGUUGAUUAUUUGGCGGCAAUUAGAGAAUUAUUUGUACAAGAUUGUCAUAUUAAUAAAGUGGCUGGUGAAUAUUUUGGCCGUUCAUGUGUUCCAGGAGCUCUGGAUUAUGAUUAUAAUAAACUAAAAACAAAUCCACGUGCAUUAUGUCUUAAAUGUUAUUCGAAAGGUUCGGAUUAUUGUUCAAGAUCUCAGCGAGAAAUGUUUUACGGAAAUUCAGGUGCAUUUCGAUGUUUAACAGAAGGUACUGGUGGUCAUGUGGCAUUUGUCAUGCACACGGCAGUUAUAUCGAAUACAGAUGGACGAAAUGUCGAUCAAUGGGCACGACCUCUGAGAGCAAUUGACUUUGAAUUAUUAUGUAAAAAUGGCACUCGAAAAACAAUAGAUGGAUUCAAAAACUGUCACAUGUUAAAAGUGCCAGCUAGAGUUCUCAUGACAGCAUCUUCAAAGACUGAUUUAGACAAAUUAUACAUUUGGAAUAUGUUAAAUUUUGUACAACAAUUAUUUGGAUCAGAUACUAAUAAAGACUUCGCAAUGUUUGCUUCGUUUUAUGAACAUCCGGAUUUAUUAUUUUUGGAUUCGACCGUUCAAUUGACACGUGUAACAUCAUCAAUUGAAGACUAUUUAGGUCAAGAUAUAAUUCAGAUGUUAAUUAGAACUGAUCCGAGAAUGUUUUUUUACAAAAAAUAUUAUGAUAUAUGCGCAUUUUUUUAUGUUAUGUGA